AUGGCCUCCGAGAUGCCCUCAGCCAAGGCCCUGCAGCUGCCCACCAAGGUUCCUUUCUGGCGACUCGUUACCGACCCUGGCGUGAUCACCCAAGAUGUGGCAGACCACCCUUACGCCGGAUCAGGAACUGAAGAUGAUCCAUAUGUGGUUCAGUGGCUUCCUAACGAUUUUCGAAACCCUCUCCAGCUGAAACCCGCUUUGAAAUGGCUCAUUACUGUCGUCGCAGCCCUCGAAACACUGGUCGUCGCUCUGGUUUCCUCGGCAUACACUGGAGGUAUCAUUCAGAUUGAAGAACAAUUCGGCGCGACGACGGAGAUUGCGACUUUGGGCGUAUCACUCUAUGUACUUGGAUUCGCCCUGGGUCCCCUCCUAUGGGCUCCCAUGAGUGAGCUUUUCGGCCGUCAAUCUGUCUUCAUCACCACAUACUGUGGCCUGACCAUCUUUUGUGCUGCCUGCAUCGGCGCGAAGAAUAUUGAGAGUCUGCUGAUCUUCCGAUUUUUGGCUGGCGCUUUCGGUUCUUCUCCUUUCACCAACUCUGGUGGUGUCAUUGCCGACAUGUUCAUGGCCCGCCAGCGAGGCCUGGCCCUUUCGGCCUUUGCACUGGCACCCUUCCUCGGACCUGUAAUUGGACCUAUCGCCGGUGGUUUCCUUGGUAUGGCUGCCGGAUGGAAAUGGGUCAUGGGCCUGUUGACCAUCCUCUGUGGUGUGAUGUGGUUCCUGGGUGCGGCAUUGAAGCCUGAGACUUAUGCCCCCGUUCUCCUACGUCAGCGCGCGAAGACCCUCUCCAAGUUGACGGGCCAGGUGUACUAUAGCAAACUAGACAUCGAUCAGGGACGUGUCACUCUCAAGGCCGCCAUGAAGACUUCUCUUUCGCGGCCCUUCAUCCUUCUGUUCCGUGAGCCUAUUGUGCUCUUGCUCUCCAUUUACCUUGCUAUCAUCUACGGAACCCUCUACAUGCUCUUCGGUGCAUUCCCAAUUGUGUAUGAGCUUCAUCGUGGAUGGAACCAGGGUGUUGCUGGUCUCGCCUUCCUUGGUGUUAUGGUGGGUAUGCUCUGUGCUAUCGCCUAUUCGAUUCCCGAGAAUUCACGCUAUAUCAAACUCCUCGACAAGAAGGGAGGUUAUGCGCCUCCGGAAGCCCGUCUUCCUCCGUGUAUGCUGGCCUCUCUUGCCCUUCCGAUUGGACUCUUCUGGUUUGCCUGGACCAACUCCCCUGCAGUGCACUGGCUUGCGAGCAUUGCUGCUGGAAUUCCUUUCGGGUUCGGAAUGGUCCUGGUCUUCCUCAGCGUCUUCAACUAUUUGAUUGAUGCAUACACCAUCUUUGCAGCCUCUGUCUUGGCCGCCAACUCUCUUCUUCGGUCCUUGUUCGGCUUUGCCUUCCCUCUGUUCACCUCGUAUAUGUUCCAAAACCUUGGCAUUCACUGGGCAUCUUGUAUUCCAGCCUUUUUGGCCCUUGCAUGCGUGCCCUUCCCCUUCCUGCUUUACAAGUAUGGUCUUUCCAUUCGAAAGCAUUGCAAAUACUCUGCCGAGUCUGAGGCCUUUGUUCAGAACAUUCUCGCCACCAUGAAAAAGGCCUCAGAGGAAGGUUCAGAGAAGGAAGAGCCUGAGGCUAGCGAGCCAGAGGAGGACGACGUGGCUUCGCUUUCCGAGCCAAAGGAACAGACUUUCGCAGAUGUCCACUCUGUUCACCGCACACUCUCGCGCGCAUCCACCCACACUACACAUGCAAUGCAUCGGGUCCCUACGUACGAGGCCAAUCCUUAUAACAUUGACCGCGUGCACACCCGGGAGUCAUUCAAAUAA